CCUCCACUGCUCUCCGCCGGCGCCGGGGCCGGAUGUGGGAGCGGGCUGGGGGCGGGCCUUCCGGGAGCGGGCGCGUGGGAGAGGAAGGUGACCGCUCGCGGUGCCUGCUCCCUGCGGCCCCAGAAAUGUCGUCACUGUCAGAAUAUGCCUUGCGCAUGAGCCGGCUGAGUGCCCGGCUGUUCGGUGAGGUCGCCCGGCCCACGGACACCAAGUCCAUGAAGGUGGUGAAGCUGUUCAGCGAGCAGCCCUUGGCCAAGAGGAAGGAGACUUACGACUGGUACCCCAACCACAACACGUACUUUGCGCUCAUGGGCACGCUGCGCUUUUUGGGCCUCUACAGAGACGAGCACCAGGACUUUAACGACGAGCAGCUGCGCCUAAAGAAGCUUCGUGGAAAGGGGAAACCGAGGAAAGGAGAAGGGAAAAGAGCCACCAAAAAGAAAUAGAGUGGGGCCAUUGGGAGAGACGAGCUCAUCGUGGGCAUUCCCCAUCUCGCGGGGUCGAGGCGCCAGCGCCUCCGUGCUGGUGGCCAGUCGGGCUGGGCUGCGACUGGUUUCGUGGGUGCAUCGAAUGCCACAGGGUUACUGGGGCCUCCGUUUUGUCAUUGGAGGUUGAUCUCAGUCUCUAAAAAACAGCGCAUCAAUCAGUGUUUAAUGAUUUCUUGGGGACGAGGCAGGAUGUCGGGGGAGGGAGGAGGGGACACUCGUUAAAUGAGCUUCCUGGAGUCCCCUCGAACUCCGUUCUUGCAUCGCAUUCCCCAGCCCCAGACGCUUUCAUCUCGCUCGCCAACCACCGUCUCCACCACCAAGCUCACAAACUUUAAGUGCCUCUCCACCUACUCCUCCGACAGGUGCUAAUCACAGAUCUGUGGGAUGAAAGGCUGGGCCUGGUGACAGGACUGGGACCUGCCGUGUGACAGGCCCUGGUGAUAGCUGUGGUUAGCAAGAGCAACAUUCCUUAUGGGCGCUUCUGUCCGGGCGGGAGGUUGAUGAUGUUGUACAACUGCAUUAAACGCUGUGAAGGAAGACAACAUACCUGGAUUCCAUGAGUGUAGCUGGACCAUCGUGUAGACGGCGAGAGGCCCUAACCCAUAGGGCGUGAGGCUUGCUGGGUGGUAUUUAAGCCGAGGCUGUGGGCAACACUUGGUGUCAGAGACACCAAGAAACCGUUUGCAAAGCCCUGGGGUCAGAAGUGGUCUCGUUCCUGGGAGUGGGAAGAGACCACUGAGCCACUCGGCCAUCCGGCUGGUCUGAGGGUGGCUCUGCCUGGAGCAGAGUUGGGGUGCCACGGUGCCCGCUGAGCCCUGGCUCCGGGCCUGUCAUUGGCAGUGAGGUGGGGAGAAUUCCCGAGUUCUGGUAUCUCUUUAGCAACACCCCCCCCCCCUUUAUUUUGUGCAGUACUUUAUUUGUGGGUAAUAAAACGCCACCAAAAGUAAAAGUCCCACCAAAACUCUCAGCCCGGGAGGGUGAAUUCCACACGUUGUAUGGAAGCACUUGUAAACAUUUCUUUUUCUUUUUCUUUUUUUCCUGCUUUUUGGGUCAAACCCAGCAAU